AUGGCAGCAGGAUUCUUUAAAAAGUUAUGGGAAGGAAUAAAGAAAGCAGCAAGUUGGGUUCAUCAGAAAAUAAUAAAACCCGUUGCAAACUUUUUGGCACCAGUAGCGAAAACGGCAGGAACUAUAAUUGGUGGGGUAUUAGGUACUAAAGCAGGUAAUCCGGCAAUGGGAGCACAAGCAGGUAACGCAAUUGGUGGAAUUGCUGAAGGAAUACUUAAUAAAAUAGGAGGAAAGUAG